UUGCUCAAACAAUAAUAUUUUUACCAUUAAUAAUAUUAAUAACGUUGUCACUACACAUGCAAUUGAUGAUACACAUGUGGUUAAUGAUACACAUGCGGUUGAUAAUACACAUGCGGUGGAUGAUACACAUACGGUGAAUGAUACACAUAUGGUGGAUAAUACAAAUGUAGUGAAUGAUACAAAUGCGGUGGAU